UUGCUGCCCCACGUCAGCCACCAGGACAGCGGUCCGAGGAAGAGGUCCUUAAGGACUGACCUAAGGACGACAGCGGCGGAGAGGGCGGUGGCCAGGGUGGGAGCAGCUCAAUACACAGCAUCCCUGGGGCUCGUCCCGGGACUCCUUUCCCGCUCAGUCGUUCGCCUGCCUUCCGUGCUUGCUACUGUCCUUCGCAGUGCCAGGUCUUCGCCGAAGUACCGCUCUUGGAGGUAUCACCCUUCCGUAGCACUAGUGACUUGCUGUAGCGACCUCGACCUACCCGACGGUGGACGUAAACAUGAGCGGUGCACCGGGAGCCAAGGUGUCAACAACAACAAUAAACAACACGCCCUUGUUUCUCGCGUAAAACACUAG